GAUAUCCCAAAAUGUGGGGCAAAUAUAUUUUCAUCAGUCAGAAAAAGUAUGAGAUACAGAUCCUAGGGCCAGUGGCAUUAGGAAUGUACAUCAUUCUCUUUGCUAUUGCAUGUAUGAGUGUUGGAACCAUCUACUCGGCAUAUUGGUAUGAGGAUAUAAUGAUAGUAAUCUUUGAAGAGGUAUUUGCAGUAUUCCUCAGUUAUAUACUGUUCAAGUCAUAUUUUGAUCUGAUCUAUACCAAUCCUGGAAUCAUUCCUAAAGGGAACACCUCUGUUGAUAAGAACUUAGACUACUGGAUGAGAAUUUAUUAUUUUAAGACAAAGAAAGAAACCCCUUUCAAGACAAAGCUUAAAUAUUGAAGAACUUGUAAGAUCAUUAGACCUCCUAGAAGUUUUCAUUGCAACAGGUGAGGAGUGUGUAUUGAAAGACAUGAUCAUCAUUGAGUUUUUACUGGAGGUUGAAUUGGCGUAAGGAAUCAUAAAAAGUUUGUCGUUUUCUUAUUCACAACAGCAUUUGUUUCUUUCUCUGCAUUAUGGAUAAAUGCUCCAAUCGCUUAUACUUCAUACCCUACUGCUUUUGAUGAGACUGCAGAGACAUUAGAUAUAUUCAUGGUCAGCUUUUUCUGCUGUUUCAUUCAAUUCCAAACAGCAUUUGCAAUGUUCCUAUUUGGACUGCUUCACAUCUAUUUCGCCUCCCAAAAUAUCACAAGUAAUGAAGGAUUCCGAAGAGUGUAUAAGAACUCUGAAAAUCCAUUCAAAAUGUCCUUACUUCAAAAUUUAAGCUACUUCUGGAAUGAUUUUCACAGGUUUCCUUGCCACAUCACAAUGAUCCAGAACCCAAAAUACAAACAAUAUCACUCCAAGCUACUAGCUAAUUAUGGUAGACUGUACACAGAGGAAUCUAAAGAAGAGAAUGGUGAGAAGUUGAAGGAUAAUGAUGAGAAGUUGCAAGUGACUUGUUUAGGCAAGAAGGAUGAUUAGUC